AGGAGACAGUGCUAGCUAGAGCUUGAGACAGAGCAGUUAUGCUGGGGUAUACAGAGAUCACACACAUACUAAGGUAGACAGGGAACUUACUAGGUAGCCACAGGCUGGCUUCUAACUUGCCAUCUUGCUGUCUUUGUCUCUAGAGUGCUGUUUUUGCAGGUGUGAGUUGCCUUGUUUUGGUAUUGCAUAGUUACAUUAAUAUGUGGUCAUUGGGGGAACUGGGUGAGGGAUACAGAGAAAGAGGACACAUCUGUUGUGUACUUGUAACUUUACAUGAAACUCUGCUUUAAAAUUAAAGGGAAGCAGAGGCAGGUAGAUCUCUGGAGUUCAAGGCCAGCCUGGUCUACACAGUGAGUUCUAAGAUAACCAGGGCUACACAGAGAAACUCUGUCUCCAUCCAGCCCCCACAAAGUCCCACUGAACUUAUUGGAAAUUGUUCCUACAUUAUAUUUCAGUUGGUUGAUGUAAAAUAAAAUAUUUAUAUGUUGUAUGUAAAAAAAGCAUAAAUCAUCUCUUGGCAUUUGCCAUAUAUAUUUAUUCAGACAAUGGUUUGGAUAAAGGUGGAAUGAAAUGUUAUGUACAAAAAUGUGACAUGCAGCUGAAAUGAAUUUAACAUGCUUCAAGAUUGUAGCAGGGGUAGAUAUUUAUCAGCAGUCAGGAUGGUUCGGCGGGUCCCUACUUCAGCAUGAUCACAUAAGUCUAGGGUGCCUUUACAAUACUUUCAAUAACAAUGAAAAAAGGAGCAAGGCUGGAAAGUUGCAAAAGAGAGAAAGUAAAAUGCAUUGGGGGGAAAUGAAUGUUUUUCAGACUGAAUUUUAGAAAAAAGAGCAGAGAGGAGUGGGUGGCUCAGAAAAGACACUAUGUGCUUAGUAACUAGAGUGUCAUAGGUAUAUUUAAAUUUUCUACAUGUGCUGUUUUUUGUUUUAUGUUUUUUGUUUUUUUUCCCUAGAAUAAUAACGAAGUCUUUGGAAAUACUGCACCACUGCCGCUGUGCUCCGUGCAUCCUCUGUGCGCCUAACAGAGGAGGUUGGCCCUGUGGCCAUGGGAGAGAAGGGUCACCUGAGCCGGGUGUUGUUGGAAUGCAGUCUCAGUGACAAGCUGUGUGUUGUCCGAGAGAAGCAGUAUGAAGUAAUCAUUGUUCCGGCUCUCCUGGUUGGCGGCUUUCUCAUCCUUCUUGCAAUCAUCCUGUGGCUUUUUAUCAGAGGACAGAGAUCCCAAAGGCAGAGCCCUGGACCCCGAGGCACUGCCUCUGUACCUGCAUCUAGGGGCAGAAGCCAGGAGGCAGCAGGACAUGGAGAAAAAGUACUUCUGCCUCUUAAGGAGACCUCAGUGGAGGGCUUUCUGCGAGCGGCCACACCCCGCCUGGCUAAGCUGCAGGUGCCCAGGGAACAGCUCUUGGAGGUUCUGGAGCAAAUCCACAGUGGUAGUUGUGGGACCCUCUAUCAUGCAACAAUGACCACCAAGGAUCACCCUAAGCCAAAAAGUGUGGUCCUUAAGGCUUUAGAAGAUCCAGUUGGACUCCAGGAGGUCCAGGAUUUUAUAGGACGAAUCCAAUUCUAUCAGUACCUGGGGAAACACAAGAACCUGGUACAGCUGGAGGGCUGCUGUACAGAAAGGCUGCCACUCUAUAUGAUGCUGGAGGAUGUGGUCCCAGGGGACCUGCUCAGCUUUCUUUGGACCUGUCGAAGGGAUGUGAUGACCAUGGAUGGCCUGCUCUAUGAUCUCACAGAAAAACAAAUAUAUCACAUUGGAAAGCAGAUCCUUUUGGCCCUGGAAUUCCUGCAGGAGAAGCACCUGUUUCAUGGGGAUGUGGCUGCCAGGAACAUCCUGAUCCAAAGUGACCUGACUCCCAAACUUUGUCAUCUGGGCCUGGCUUAUGAAGUUCAUGCCCAUGGGGCCAUCUCCUCUGCUCGAUCCAGCACCAUCCCUCUCAAGUGGCUUGCUCCAGAAAGGCUUCUCCUGAGACCUGCAAGCAUCAGGGGAGAUAUUUGGUCCUUUGGGAUCCUGCUUUAUGAGAUGGUGACUCUAGGAGCACCACCAUACCCUGAAGUCCCUCCCACCAGCAUCCUACAAUAUCUUCAGAGAAAGAAAAUCAUGAAGAGACCCAGCAGCUGCUCACAUGCCAUGUACAACAUCAUGAAGUGCUGUUGGCGCUGGAGUGAGGACAGCCGCCCCUUACUUGGUCAGCUGCUCCAGCGCCUAGAAGCUGCUUCUAGAUCUGCCGAUGACAAGGCUGUGUUGCAAGUGCCAGAGUUGGUGGUGCCUGAACUGUAUGCAGAUGUGGCUGGCAUCAGGGCAGAAAGCAUUUCCUAUAGCUUCAGUGUCCUUUGAAGAUGGUCCUAGACAAAUGACUAUAUAUGGGUGGAAUUAGUUCCUUCAAGAACAGAGAGAAGGAACUUUCUGUGGCCCACCAAGGGAGAAAAAAGGACAUGGAUCUUGCAUCUUUCCCUAAACAUUUUCCUAGACAUCUGAAAUGCUGCUGGAUGAAGCUCUACCUCUACAUACCAUGUACUCUUGAGCUAAGAAUCACCAUCAAUUGUAGUUUGCUUUCCAGUCCCAAGGGCUGAAGUAUAAGUGGUGGACCGUGUCAUUCUAAAGGAGGUUUUUAAAAUCUGCAAUGAUUGUAAGGGAAUUAGGCAAAAGGGCUGGUCCCACUCACUCCAGGCUGGUUUACUACUGAAACUAGUUUUUCUUUUCUUUUUUUUUUAAGUUAAACUAUUACAGAGUAAAAAUAAACCAGAUGGGCAUGAAUGAACACCUUCUAAUUUUUAACCAUGAAUUGAAUAUUGGAAUUCAUGAGAAAGAAAAUUCUAGGUUCUUUUUGCUAAGAGGUGUUAAGGUGAGUCAAUAUAUCCUUCAAGGAAAGGCUUUGUCUCAUCUAUGUUGACGGGACGUAAAAGUCCUCGUCCCGUUAUGAAGAGCUGAAGAAGAUCUAUAAGAAACAAUACUGAGCCUUUCCUUGACUAUAGAUAGAAGAGCAUCCUUUCAUUGAACUCUGAGGCAGGUGGACCAUGCAUGAUACUAAGUUUAAUUAGAAGCAGGAGGAGUCAUUUCAUGAUUAGGAACAUUGUUCAUCCCAUUUGUUUGCCAGUUCCUGUAAGACUAAGGAGAAUCAGCCUAUAGAGCCAAAGCUAGAACCAGGGAUAAAAAGUGUGUGUGUGUAUAACAAAUAGGAAGCAUGAAAGUCGAGCAAGAAGACUUAGUAACCCAGGUGGUCAUUAAGAGGUACAGAGAAGAAGUAAUCUUAUAGGAAUGGAUGGUAGCUUCUAAUUUUUAACCAUUCAUUGAAAUAACUGUGAAGCAACUCAUUAAACUAGUAUUUAUUGACCAAAAGUAGACUUUUCAGGUGUAUAGCUGCCAAAAUCUCUAUAAUAAAGAGGCUAAAAGAAAAUAAAUGGGAGUUAUUUUACUAGGAAAAUUAGAGAACCUAUAGUUUCCAAAAAGAGAUUCUUUAUGUGCAAAAUGAGAUAACUCUCUACCUCACAGGGUUGGUGUGAGGAACAAUGAGAAUAUGUAUUUGUGUAUUAUGUAGAAUAUAAUAUAUUCUCAAUAAAUACUAGUUUUUCCCCUUUCUAA